AUGAUUCCACCGCCUGGAUGGUCCCCCCGCCUGGAUGGUUUCCCCGCCUGGAUGGUUCCACCGCCUGGAUGGUUCCACCGCCUGGAUGGUUCCCCCGCCUGGAUGGUUCCACCGCCUGCAUGGUUCCCCCGACUGGAUGGUCCCCCCGCCUGGAUGGUUCCACUGCCUGGAUGGUUCCCCCCGCCUGUAUGGUUCCACUGCCUGGAUGGUUCCCCCCGCCUGGAUGGUUCCCCCGCCUGGAUGGUUCCCCCGACUGGAUGGUCCCCCGCCUGGAUGGUUCCCCCGCCUGGAUGGUUUCCCCCGCCUGGAUGGUUCCACCGCCUGGAUGGUUCCCCCCGCCUGGAUGGUUCCCCCGCCUGGAUGGUUCCACCGCCUGCAUGGUUCCACCGCCUGGAUGGUACCCCGCUUGGAUGGUUCCCCCCGCCUGGAUGGUUCCCCCGCCUGGAUGGUUCCACCGCCUGGAUGGUUCCCUCGCCUGCAUGGUUCCUCCGCCUGGAUGGUUCCACUGCCUGGAUGGUUCCCACCGCCUGGAUGGUUUCCCCGCCUGGAUGGUUCCCCCGCCUGGAUGGUUCCCCCGCCUGGAUGGUUCCCCCGCCUGGAUGGUUCCCCCCGCCUGGAUGGUUCCACUGCCUGGAUGGUUCCCCCCGCCUGGAUGGUUCAUCCGCCUGGAUGGUUCCCCCGCCUGGAUGGUUCCACCGCCUGGAUGGUUCCCCCGCCUGGAUGGUUCCACCGCCUGCAUGGUUCCACCGCCUGGAUGGUUCCCCCGCCUGGAUGGUUCCCCCGCCUGGAUGGUUCCACCGCCUGGAUGGUUCCCCCCGCCUGGAUGGUCCCCCCGCCUGCAUGGUUCCACCGCCUGGAUGGUUCCCCCCGCCUGGAUGGUUCCCCUGCCUGCAUGGUUCCCCUGCCUGGAUGGUCUCCCCCGCCUGGAUGGUUCCCCCGCCUGGAUGGUCCCCCCGCCUGGAUGGUCCCCCCGCCUGGAUGGUUCCCCUGCCUGGAUGGUUCCCCCGCCUGGAUGGUCCCCCCGCCUGA